UUUGGAAUGUAUAUUCUCUUCCCAAUCAGUAUAAUGUACUACUUCGGUACCAAUCUUGACGGCAAAUUCACGGUUCCUGAUUUUUGGCCGAAGCCGGGCCAGACGCACAAGAUUCCGUAUGACCGCGAUGAGAUAGCAAAGGAACUGGAGAGGAUAAAGGCGAGGAAUCUGGAAAACAAGCGCAGGAGAGAGGAGAGGGAG